AAAAUGGGAUAAAGAUAUUGCCCUCCCUCUCCCGGGUGGCACGAGGCCCUGGUAAUUACCAUCCGGCAGGAUGCUGAGGUGCUGACAACUCCGCCUGACACAUUUCCCCUUGGCUCCUCCAGAUGCCGCACCUCACCUCCACAGCAGGCCACGGACCCACCGGCCGCCCCUGCAGCGCGCACGGGCCUCCGCAACCUCCAGCUGGUGAGCAGGUGUCUCUCUGUGAGCACCUGUCCAUCUUUUGCAGCUCCCGUCAAAACAAGAGACUCGGCUAACCUUCUGCGAACACCUGGGCAUUGUGGAGGUGGGAGACUCACCUGCCGGCGGCCAUUCCGGGACCCUGCUGCCGCCGGAAAGUUGCUUGGGGCUGGGAAACCCCGAGGAGGUGUCGCCUGCCUGGGGGCAGCCAUGCGGUGCCUUUCUCCCUGAGGAAGAGGGGCCCCCCCAACCAGGGCCUUCUGCGGACGGGGAGAUGACAACACUGGAGGACCCGAGCCCUCCCCCACCCGGCGGGGCGAGUGAGCUGAGGGUGAUGUUGGACUCAGUGACACACAGCACCUUCCUGCCCAACACAUCCUUCUGUGACCCCCUGAUGUCGUGGACUGAUCUGUUCAGCAAUGAAGAGUAUUAUCCUGCCUUUGAGCAUCAGACAGGGGCUGUGGUCCCUUACUUCUCUCUCCCCUGGUGUAGCCUGCGACUCCUACUGGACAUCUGUCCACCCCGAGUACUGGACUAAGCGCCAUGUCUGGGACUGGCUUCAGUUCUGCUGUGAGCAGUACAAGCUGGAUGCCAACUGCAUCUCCUUCUGCCACUUCAACAUCAGCGGCCUGCAGCUGUGCAGCAUGACGCGGGAGGAGUUCCUGGAGGCCGCCGGCAUCUGCGGGGAGUACCUGUACUUCAUCCUCCAGACCAUCCGCUCACAAGGUUACGCCUUCUUUAAUGACGCUGAAGAGGCCAAGGCCACUGUCAAAGACUAUGCUGACUCCAGUUGCUUAAAAACAAGUGGUAUCAAAGCUCAAGACUGUCACAGUCAUAGUCGAACGAGCCUCCAAAGCUCUCAUCUAUGGGAAUUUGUGCGAGACCUGCUUCUAUCUCCUGAAGAAAAUUGUGGCAUUCUGGAAUGGGAAGAUAGGGAACAAGGUAUUUUUCGGGUGGUUAAAUCAGAAGCCCUGGCAAAGAUGUGGGGACAAAGGAAGAAAAAUGACAGAAUGACGUAUGAGAAGUUGAGCAGAGCUCUGAGUUCCAGAGGCUGGAAGACUGAAGUCCGGGUGUUGGCAGAGCCCUGUUGCCUCCUAGGCUCGAGGGGAGAAUCCUUCCUUGCCUCUUGCAGCUUCUGGUGGCUUCAGGUGUUCCUCAGGUCACGGCUACAAAAUUCCAAUCUGUCUCCACCCUCCCAUAGCCUGCCCCUCCCCCUCCCCUUUGAUCUCCUAGGGGGCUAUUUGUCACUGGACUUAGGGCCCAUCUGAGUGAUCCAGGGUUUCAUCUUAAGAUCCUUAACUUAAUGACUCUACAAGAACUUUUUUUUUCCAAAUAAGGUCACUUCACAAGUUCCAGGGAUUAGGCUGGGAACAUAUCCUCUUGGGGACCAUCAUUAACUCACUAAAUGAUGAGUUGAAACAUGAAUUGUACUUAAACCUAUAGCUUCGUGUUACAAUCAUUAAAGAAUAGAAAAUACAAAAGACAACUUAAAAUACCACACUUUAGGUAUACAACACCGAAGCAAAAUGAUAAAAAAUAAAAAUGACAAUGCAAAAUACACUUAUAAAACUGUCAAAUAAGGGAUUAAGUAUUUCCUUUGUAAAAAGGAUCACAGUAGAGCUUUUUCCAUAGGGAACUUCCAGUAUUGAUAUAGGAUUGUUUAAAAUCCUCAAAAUAUUAAAAAAUAUACAGAACGUUUUGAGCUCACCUCGACUAACUCUUCACUUCUUUAAAAGCUCUGAUAAGGAUUUUAAAGCCUUCGAUUUGUCUUAUCAGAUCAUCUACAGUGGAAUGUGGCCCUUUGCUUUUUGGUAAUACCAGGAACUAAGAGGCAAAAAAAUGGUCCAACCAGUUUGCUCAUUGGUUUUCUCUCAGAAACACAAGUGCUAAAUUCUUAACACUCAUUUCCUUAGCAGAGAUUCCCAACUCAAGUUACACCCCAUUAUCAGGCAAACAAAAAAAAUUAAUGUGGUUUGAAACCAAAAUUCUGUCAUUGAAUUUGAAAUGAACAAGGCAAUCCUUCAGAGAGCUUCCAAAAGCCCAGACCAAGUCCUCAUUUUAGAAGAUCAAGUGAUAGAUUUAAAAAUACCCGGAGUCGAUUUUUAGCAGUCUGCUAGAGGUAAGCGAAAACGCUUUAAGAAAGUAAGAAAUGAAAUAUGAGAAAUGGAUACAUUUACAUGAAUAGCCAUGGCAGCAUUACUCAUAGUAGCCAAAAAGUAGGAACCACCCAAAUGUCCACCAACUGGUAAAUGAGUAAAUAAAAUACAUCAUAGCAAUACUUACAUGCCACAACAUGUAAGAACCUUGACAACAUUAUGCUAAAUGGAAGAAGCCAGUCGCAAAAGACCAUUGUAUGAUUCCAUUUAAUGUAUUGUAUGACACCACUUAAAUGAACUGUGUGGAGUAGGUUGAUCUAUAAACAGAAAGUGGGUUCUUAACGGCCAGGAGUCCAGGCAAGAUUAAGUUGGGGAAGUAAUGACAAUGGUACAGACAGGUUUUUUGGGAGAGUAAUGAAAAUGCUAUAAAAUUCAUUGUGUUGAUGAAUGCACAAAUCUGAGCAUAUACUAAAAACCAUUUAAUUGUGUACUUUAAGUGGGUGAAUUUUAUGGUAUGUGGAUUAUAUCUCAAUAAAGUUUUCUUUUUUAAGUUCCUGAUUAUCAACUAUGUCAAACACUGCUGAGAGGCCACAUGAGACAAGGAAUGAGAAUGGACCAUUGGAUCUUAUUUUUUUGGUAGUAAAAUACACAUAACAUAAAAUUUACCACUUUAAUCAUUUUUAACUGUAUAGUUCACUGGUAUUAGAUACAUUCACAUAGUUGUACAUCCAUCAACAUCAUCCAUCUCCAAAACCUUCUCAUCUUCCCAUAUUGAACC